UUCAAAAUUAUUAGUAAGCUCCUAGCUCCCAAACUGUCCGUCAUUUUCAAAAUUCAAAUUCGGCAAGGUCGCUUUCCUAUCUGUUGGCGUAUUGCAAAUGUUACUUCUAUCUUGUGCUCCAGUGCGGUCGUGGACAGCGGUUCUUCCGCCAUGCCGACACGUUGCCGCCUCUGCAGCUUGCAUGGCUACCCUCGUGGCAGCAGCACAUUAUAACCCUGUGAAAUGUCCCUCUCGUCGUAUUAUCAUUCAUGGCAGGCUUGAGUUAUUCAUUCAAACAGUUCCUUUGAAAUGAAUGUGCUCACGAAAACCAAUUCUAACGUGUUUUACAGUUUCAUUUGAUAUACCUAUGUUGCUAAUACUCUCCAGCCUUUGUUACUCCUUCUUGCAUAACGCAACUGUGUUACCUCUGCAAAAACUUCGCAUUCGUUUGCACUGUACUUUUGUAUAUAACUCGGUAGGAGAUACGACACGAUAACUGUACAGUCACGGGCGGAGGCACCGCUUUGUGUAGGAGGUCCGCUGGGUGCUCAGCUUUUGUGCAGGAAUUGUUCUGGAUGCAUGUUUUGUGAAGGAAAGAUGACGGACUAUGUGUAGGAAAUAUGGCAGCGCUCCAGUUAUUGUGGAUGCGUAGGAGAUAUGACUACGCCCCCGUCGUGGCGAUAGGUUGCUUGUUUGCUCUUGGGCUGCCUUAUUUGAUGUAAAUUUGCCGUCAAUAAUAACUUGCCUAGUUAACAAGUGUGGCGUCAUGGCGCGAGGUAUCGCGGUGACCUGUGAGCUCCCCCAUCAUUUGUCUCUAUUCUCUGACAGAUACGACCAGACGCCCCGCCACCUGGCCGCCAUGUUCGGCCACAAGAGCACCGAGCAGCUGCUGGCACUACACGAGGCGCAUAAACUCCGCUGCCGUGCGGGCACCACCGCCAACAAGGUAAGCCGCAACUAUGACGCCUAUCUCAAGAGCUACGAGAAGCUUGGCUGGAAGGAACGCAACUCCCUGUCGCCUAUUGACCGCCACGACCCAGAGCGAGUCACGUGCAAGCUCAUGAAGGCCAUCAGAGUCCAGGAGCUGUGGAAGAAGGCUCAUGAUGUUCGUGUGGAUUUUUCCGGUGGCGAGGCCCGCGAGGUGAAGGCGGCAGUGAUGAAGGAGCUGCAGACCAUCAUUAAGAAGACUGCUGAGGAAGACACCCUAUACAGCGGCAAGGUAAGGCUGGUGGGCAGCUCAGAAGAUGGGUCAAAAAUAUACUGCCCCGACGAGUUCGACGUCAACGUUCUCUUCACGGGAAAGGACGUCGAGGUCGAAAUAUUAGAGACGCCGGAAGUGUUGUCGAAAGGAAAAGGAACAAAAACACUGUCAGUGGUGGCCGACGCGCCGGGUCUUCAGGGGAACAACCUGAUGGACAAGCUGUUCCUUCUCCUGCAGACGUGUCUCGCAGAGCACACACUGCAGGAUAAAAGGCUGAGCUUCGUUCCGCCCGGCCUGAGCAGCACGCAGGUGGGCGCUGUCCUCGCCCUGGCCUGGCAGGGGAAGGAGUAUCCCCUCCUCCUGGUCGGCGUGGACCUCGUGCCCGUACUGGAGCUGCCAUGGCAUGACAAAAUAACAGAGCCAGAGCUCAUGACAAGCACACCCGAAACAUUCCAUGUCAGCAAUACUGCUGACGGCUCGUGGCGUUGCAGUUUUGCCCUGACAGAGGCAGAGGUGCUGAAGGGACUGUCCGACAGCCAACGGCGUGUCUUCAUAAUGGGGAAAGUUCUGCUUUCCUGCCUCAAGGCCGAGCCGUGGAUGCCACAGGCCGAGAAGCGCCACUGCACCUGGUUUGUAAAUCGGGAGUGGAGAAUAGCAGUACCCACAGGGUUCUGCUAUAAAAACGCUUUCUUUGAUUGGCUUGCAAAACAAGAGCAGGUUGCCACUGAGCAGGAUGCUCGCUAUUGCACUAAGGCUCUGAUAGCCAUUUUUAGACAGCUGUGUGCUGUUCCCGAUGAGGUGCGGGGAAAGCUGUCGCAAGGCAGAAUCUCUGCAUACUUUGGGGGAGAAUUCGAGGGUGAGAAAUUUGGAGAAGGCGCUCAUCUCAUCGUGCGCUGCCUGGAGGAACACUUGGAGGAGGAGCAAAAGGGCGUGAAAAGACGGCGGGAAGAGAAUGAGAUACAGGAAAGGAAGAAAGUUUGUUACUAAGGGACGGGCAAGAAUACCGUGGACUUUGAGAGUAAGGAAUGUUGAGAAAAAAUAGGUCGUGUGUGCCCAUAAUGUUGUGUUGUGUUAGUCUGGAUUAAGUGUUUGUAAGGUUUUGUAUAGCACCGCCUUGAUUCUCUCUCUCUCUCUCUCUCUCUCUCUCUCUCUCUCUCUCUCUCUCUCUC